GCCUGGGCAGCUGAGCUGCCUGUGGGAUGGCUGUGGCGGGGCGGGUGCGGGGUGCCCGGGAUGCCGCCGCGGCCACCUUUCGGGUUCAGAAAGAAGACCUCCAAGAGCAAGACGGGCACUGUGCCCGCUGCCUCUGUGCUGCCUUCCGCUAAUGGGGCUCGGCCUGUGCGCCCUGGCCCCGAGGCGCCACCCAACGGGCCCCAUCAGCCUGGCCGACUGUCGCUUGGUGGGGGUGGUGACUUCUACGACAUCGCCUUCAAGGUCAUGUUGGUGGGAGACUCAGGUGUGGGGAAAACUUGCCUGCUCGUGCGCUUCAAGGAUGGUGCUUUCCUGGCAGGCACCUUCAUCUCCACUGUGGGCAUUGACUUCCGGAACAAAGUUCUGGAUGUGGAUGGGAUGAAGGUGAAGCUGCAGAUCUGGGACACAGCUGGUCAGGAGCGGUUCCGCAGUGUUACCCAUGCCUACUACCGGGAUGCACAUGCACUGCUGCUCCUCUACGAUGUCACCAACAAGGCCUCCUUUGACAACAUCCAGGCCUGGCUGACUGAGAUCCAGGAAUAUGCCCAGGACGAUGUGGUACUCAUGCUGCUGGGUAACAAGGUGGACUCUGCCCAGGAGCGUGUGGUGAAGAGGGAGGAUGGAGAGAAGCUGGCCAAGGUGAGUCACGGCGGGGUGGGUGGCAAGGAGGGUGCCCCUGAGGCUAUGGAGCCUGGGCUAUCCCCACACCACCACCCAGCUGGCAACAGCUGUUUGCAGGAGUAUGGACUGCCCUACAUGGAGACUAGUGCCAAGACAGGCAUCAACAUAGAGUUGGCCUUCACUGCCAUAGCAAAGGAGUUGAAACAGCGUAUCACAAAGGCACCCAAUGAACCCCACUUCCGGCUGCAUGACUAUGUUAAACGGCAAGGUCGAGGACCCUCCUGCUGCCUAUCCUGAAACAGGGUUAAUUCUAAAGGGACCCAACCCCAGAAGACUGGAUGGAAACUCUGCUAGCAACUUCCAGGGAUCCCCGAGUCAAGCCUCACCCCUUCCCUGUCCUAACAGCAAUCUCAAACCUCCAUUCCCACAAAGCAAAUGUCUAGCUUCAGAGAGGGCUCCCUGCAAGUGUAACCAGACCAUGUUGUGGGGCUCUGCUGCCCUCUUCUGGGCACUCCUAAAGGACUGUUCUCCAAAGACCAGCCAAAACUGGCUAAGGUACCAAUGUGUCAAGCCACAGCUAAGACCUGAGAUUCUGAACUCUACUUGUACUAGUACAGUGAUUAAACCAGUCUUUUGGUUGCAAGCUGUUUUGUUUUUUUGAAAUUGGGUUUCACUAUGUAGUCCAGGCUGGCCUCAAACUCCUGACAACCUUCCCUGCUCUGCCUCCCAAGUGCUGGGAUUACAAGGGGUGCACUACCACCUUGAUUCCAAGUUUGUUUUCAUUUCUAGUGAAUAAAGGUAUGCUUUCUGGAA